CAGAUAUCAAAAUGAUAGAGACAACUACUUCGGGUCCAGUCUAGAUAGAGGAGCUAGACAUGGAUUAGUUUUGUCCAUCUCCCAAAAGCAAGCUCUUGUUCCUCACCCCUCCGUUUGAUCAUCUUUUCGACCCAGAAACCCCAUCCUCACUCUGGUUUUGCGGCGCCCUGACUAGAUCGACCACCCACCCCCAGCCCAUGCCCAUGCCUGGUACCCGCGCGUGGGGAGGGGUUUGAAGCUCUCAGUCUAAGACGCAGGCCAGCUUAUGACGAGACCCGGGUUACCUUCUGUUACAAUCCCAGGGCCUGGUCACAUAGAGUACUAGACUUGGUAGACCCGCCUUGAAGAGGAUCUCCGACCUUUACCGUUCUAUUGGCUCCAAGAUAUUUUGACCCUUGUCGCACAUCAACUUAUCUUCUGAAGCUAGAGGAUAUAUACUUGGGUCUUUCCUCUGAAUUUCUGAGCCAUCUAGUCAAGUCUGUCUCCCAAAGAACCAUACCCAGGACUCGAAAACUUUAUACAAUCUCUUCUUUCUACAUCAUAUCUAUUCUUCUAUUAUAUAGUUCAGGUCCCUCUUGUCGCCUUCGUACACUCUGCUCCGGCCCUUCUUGAUCAUCUCAAGCAAUACCAAGUCUUUCUUGACUUACUCCGUUUGAAUCAGUCUAAGCAACAGAACCUACCAGUCUUGCUUUGAGAGCAGGACUGAUCUGAACUGGCAAAUGGCCCUUACAGCUCAAUCUUCAGACGCUCCCAACUGGGGACGCUGGUCGCAACAACUUCCGGGCGACUAUACUAUGAUGGCAUCUCCACACAUGCUUCCUUUUGACUCUCGAGCCACCAACACUGGUCCUCUCCAACGACCUGUCAUGGCACCUUACAUGGUUCAGCCAUCCUACGGUUCAGGUCCAGUGAACAGCCUCACAGCACCUCACUACCAGGUUCCCAAUCCCUACCAAUUUGGAGGAUAUCAAGGCCCGCCGACGCCUCCGCACCACUCAACGCCUUUCAAAAUGGAAUACAAUGAUCGCCGACCUAUGGGACAUGAUAACGACCACGGCCGAAUGCCCUCUUAUUCUCGGGAGAUGAAGUACACAUAUGCCGAACAAGCACCUUCCCCGGCACGGAGCGAUUCGCAAGCCUCGACUGUCAGAUCCUCGGGCACCAACCCAUCUAUGGGCUCAAAGACUAUCACCUCCAACGAAACUCUCAACCCUGGUGAUCAGAUCAACUUCGAAACAGAAGUGGAUGAGCUGAUGAAAGCCAUCCAACGCAAGGCAGACCUGCAAGUCGAUACAGUACAGCAGCCACUCACUCCUGGAAUGUCUCCUGUCUCCGAAGCAAGCUUUGAAAGUCAAGGAACACCAGGUCCUAUGGAUAGUAAGACAGCUCGAAAGAGAUAUCGCUGUGAUGGCCCCAAUUGCCAGAAGAGUUUCACCCAAAAGACCCAUCUCGACAUUCAUCGCAGGACACACACUGGCAUCAAGCCAUACAACUGUGACUUUCCUGGCUGCGACCUGACCUUCUCUCAACUUGGCAACCUCAAGACUCACAGACGUCGUCACACUGGCGAACGCCCGUUUGCUUGCGACAAGUGUGAUCGCCACUUUGCUCAACGUGGCAACCUUCGCGCCCACCUACAGACUCACCAAGGCCUCAAGCCCUUCAUUUGCAUUCUCGAUGAUUGUAACAAGACAUUCUCACAACUUGGAAACAUGAAGACGCACCAAAAUAACUUCCACAAGAAGACACUCAAGAAGCUUACAAUGAAGUUCGCCAAUAUCAUUGCCUCGGGCGAGGAAGUCUCCGAAGCCGAUCGCGAGCUUUUCGAAUACUUCGCCGCGCACUACAAGAACAGCAACAAAGGGAUCAAGGGUAGAGGGAAAGCCCGCACGGUUGCUGACCGCAAGGCCAAGGCAUCCCAGUCUCCUCCUGCCAACACCAUGACAGCUGUGCCCCAAUAUCCUCUUCCUCAAAUUGCCCCAACACCAGUGACUCCUCACGGACUCCCUGUAUCGGGCAGCCUCGCUUCUUACAGUGUGACUCGAGGCCAGCCCGGUCCUAUCAACCACAUGUCUCGCCAGACUCACACUGGUGGCUAUGAGGUGUAUGACAUACAAGGUCAUCACCAUAUCCAGCCACCGAACAACAACGGCAUGUUAUAUGAGACCGGUAGCACGCGCGAAAUGGGCUACCAUGGGCGCAUGUACUGAGAACUCAUCGUUCGUAUCAUGAGACAGAACUACCGCACAAACUUGGAUAUGACUCGGCAGCGUCACGCAUUUCAUUUCACCAAAUUUACAACAGUACUACCAUACGGGAGGCACAACAGCGGUUCCAUUUUUGAGAAAGAAAAAAGCAGAAUUUACAGAAGCGGGUGUUUUAAAAGGAGUUGAAAAAUUGGACUCUUCUAGAGGCCACAACGAAGCGGUUGAUUUUCUUUGGGUGGUUGGUUGUCUGAACACAAUGAUGCAGGGGAUUCGCCCUUACCUUUCUCUUUUUGCUAUUUUGAUACCAAUUGCAUCAAGCCCUGCCGAAGCCUCUCCGGUUUCCUUCAUUUAAGGACAGCUUGGCUUAUCGUUCUAUUAAUUGGCGGUCUUUGUAAGGGGAUGUAAGGGAGCGGGUGGCUUGGUUCAUGAUUUACGGCGGUCUAGGAAAAGGUGGUUUUAUCUGCCAGAGAAGUCUUGUCUUUUUCUUGUUUCUUUCGUCUCCUCAGUUCUUCGUCUUUUCUUUAUGGUUAUCCAAACGCGAGUGUACGCACUGGCUUCAAUUGCUUUUUGGAGUUGUAUGAAUGGAUAUACCAUGGGUUAUUAGACCAUUUUACGAGCGUUCGUAUACUGAGUAUCGAGUUACUGGACUCACAAUUAGAUGGCAGCAUCUGAAAUAAUGAAAUGGGAGCAAAAAAAGGUCGAAAGUAGCCACAGGGGGGCGAAAUCGAGAAAUUGGCGUCAAGAUAGUAGAUAAUAUGAAUUUAACAAACAUAUUCUUAGAAGAACA